AUGCUGUCGAAGGUGGUGUACGGCGAUACAGAUGAGCCGAAUGCUGCAUGCAAUGGCAACAAAGGACCAAGGACUCCAGAAAGCAAGGAGGAACGUCCUCUGAGGGACCUCUUUACCUUUUACGAAGGCAAGCAAAAGGCUCGUCAUGGUUGGCGCAUGGAGGUUAUGCCUUUCCACGAAGCUCUAUCCACCUUCGAGUUCGAUGCUAUCAUUGACGCCACUGGGAAAUCCAGCUGUUGUCUCAGUGCGUACUACUUUUCUGCCCUUUUGUCUUGUUUUACACUUUUUUUUCAUUCCGAUCCAUUUCAAUUCAGUUGUUUUGUAUGCCAUAAGGCUCAUUAG